GAAUGCAUAUACUUCCGCUUCACGUUUCCCCUCCUCAGGUUCGGACUGUCAUAAAAAUAGCUUCUUUUUCUUCUAGCGAAAAGGUGUUUGGUGAUUUAUGGACCACAGGAGUAAGAAAAGAGUAUGUGAAGCCAAAGAAAAAGCUCGACCUGAACUUAGUAAACCAGGAGCCUGGGAAGAGCUUAACUAUUAUCAGACAUUUAAUUUGGAUCCAGACCCUGUGGCAUUGAGAGACACUUUUGAUAGGAUUGAUGGGCAGAAAAUUUCUUUACAGGAGUUUAGGGAGAAAUAUGAAAUUCCCUACAAACCUGUUGUUAUUACUCACUUGACUGAUGGCUGGAAAGCAACUGCAAAGUGGACUUAUGAGAGACUUGCAAAGAAGUACAGAAACCAAAAGUUUAAGUGUGGCGAGGAUGAUGAAGGUUACUCUGUCAAGAUGAAGAUGAAGUACUUUGUGGCUUAUACCAAAUGUAACAGAGAUGACAGCCCACUCUAUAUAUUUGACAGUAGCUUUGCAGAGCAUCCCAAAAGGAAAAAGUUGCUUGAAGAUUAUGAAGUGCCAAAGUAUUUUACUGAAGAUUUGUUUAAAUAUUCAGGGGAAUCAAAGAGGCCACCCUAUAGGUGGUUUGUGAUGGGUGGGGCCAGGUCAGGGACAGGGAUUCACAUAGACCCUCUGGGGACCAGUGCUUGGAACACCUUACUGCAGGGACAUAAAAGGUGGUGCCUAUUUCCCACCACCACUCCUAAAGAACUUAUAAAGUUAAAGAGCGGGGAAGGUGGAAGACAAAAAGAGGAAGCUGUGACUUGGUUUAAAUUUGUCUAUCCACGCACACAGCAGCCAGAUUGGCCCGAAGAAUAUAAAGCAUUGGAGAUUCUCCAAAAACCAGGGGAGACUGUUUUUAUUCCUGGUGGGUGGUGGCACGUGGUGCUAAACCUUGACAACACGAUAGCAGUGACACAGAAUUACUGCAGCAGUGUCAACUUUCCUGUGGUCUGGCAUAAAACUGUGAGAGGAAGGCCAAAGCUUUCUAAAAAGUGGUACAGGGAGUUAAAGAUCUACAGACCUGACCUGUCUUCGGUGGCUGACAAAGUGGACCUCAGCAAACCAACAGGUUUUAAUUCAGACAGUUCAAGUUCUGAUUCCUCCAGUUCAAGUUCCAGCAGUGAUAGCAGCUCAGACAGUUCAGACUCUGAGGGAGACAGUGAAAGUGAUGGACAGAGGAAAAGUAAAAGGAGAAGAACCAGUAGAUCCCUGACACCUAAUGGCAGCAAAUCCCGUCGCACUUCCAAGUCGAGAUCAAAAUCUAGUACCAGGUCUGACAGCAGUGAUCAACACGAACGACGAAGCAUCUCUACAACUCCUAAGAACUGUCGGUGACAGACAUUUAUGUAAUGCUUAGAUCUGUCAUUGACUGGGACACGACUGCAUCAACACUGAAAACAGCCAAGGCACGAGCCUGAAUUAAGUUUAUUCACUAGUCAGCGUGCCAUGAUUUUUUUUCCUGAGCAAGUCAAGAACAAGUUUUAGCCAUUCUCACAGCUUAAGUUGAUUGCUGUUGGUUGAACAUGGUCAUAAAGUUUUCUGUUUCUUUUUAAUCUUUUCAGUCUUUUCAGGAUGAGUUUAGAAAGGGAUGAGAUAAUAAAUUGUGGAAAUGUUAUAAAAACUGUUGAUGUCAAGUAGCCAGGAAGAAUUUUAGUGAUGUCAAAGUUUCUGACUGGAUACUGUGCUAGUAAUGAAAAACCAUCAUUGAAUUGCGAUGUAUAAUGGCAUAUAAUCUUUGUUGGAUUGAAGUCAUGUUCUUGUUUUAUUAAUUGAUAUAAGAUUUUUUACCUUUUUUUGUAGAAAAAUUGCUUGCUGAAAGACUACUGCAUGGUUGCCCAAUUUCAUACUAGUAAAUAAAUAUUGGAAAAGUAGUCUCCCAUGGGCUGCACUUUUUUUGUAGUGUACAGAUUUUUAUUUUGAUGACAUUUUCUUAAUAUAGCUUGAUUGAUUUUUGUGUCACGUAUCUUCAGCUUUAUGAAAAAUCAAUUGAAAAAUUGCCUACUAUUGACCAGUUGGCCAAUUGUACUGUUGCAUUUGACAUAUCAUCUACUAUUCCAAAUUUCAGUACAUGAAUAUUUAAGUAGAUGGUUGUUUUGCUGCAUUUGAUUGGUUUAAUAGAUUUGAAAAUGGCUUCUGGUCCCUGUUGUAUUCCUUCAAUAUUACAUUGAUCUGAAGGCAGUAACAGGUCUAUUAUUAUUAUUAUUAUUAUUAUUAUUAUUAUUAUUAUUUUCCAAGAUUAUAUUGAAUGAAAGGAUGUUGAUGAUCACUUAUACCAUUGCAUUUACUCUAGGAAGAUGUGCGACUUUGCAAAUGUUAUCAUUUUAUAAAGACUAGUCAUCCAUAGAUUCUUAUACACUAGAUGUAGAAUGUCCAGUGAAAUGUUAUAUCAACAAUAUUUCUAAUAAUUUAAAGUGUAUUAAGUGCAUAUACUUCAAGAGAUGGGAAUUUGCUUAGAGAUUUUGUUAGAAACAGCUUUUUGAUUAAUUGUCAUACUAAUCGGACAGAAAUUAGAAAUAUUGGCAAUGAAACUGUCACUUGUUAUUGAUGAGAUGACGUGGAGUUCGUUACACAAAAAACGAACCCAGAUACUGCUUGCCAAAUCUUAUAAUAAUUAAAACCAUUGAAAAUAAAGCGAUUUUAGACAAUGUG